GCGUUGUUGUUUGUGUGUGACCAGCCCUGGGAUUUCACCUCGUCCUUGAGAGACCAGCGCAAAUAAAACAUCCCGACCCUGUUUACCUCUCCCGGAGGGUCGUUUUCCUUCGAGACACGUGGACGAAGCCGUAAACAACAUUAGGGUUCAGUUGCUCACCAAUGGGUUUGUGGUCUGAAGACGAGCAGCACUCAUCUCUUUCACAUCCUUUGUAGGUAGAAGCAGAUACAAGAACAAAACCUUUUCACCACAAGAAGCCUCAACACAACUGACUGGAUGUCUUCCAAGCGACCAGCCUCUCCAUAUGGGGGAACAGAUGGAGAGGUAGUCAUGGCGACAAGCAGACAGCGAUUGGAGGAUGAAGAGGUUGACGGACAUGCUGUCAUUCACUUGCCCCUGAGUUCGUACUGCAGCAAAGUGUCCCCGCGAUCUCCUCGACUACUCGACAGCCCCCCAACACUACACGCGAACAUGGAUCAGGAUGGCUGUAAAGGCCUGGCCCUGAGCCCCUACCCCCAGCACAACUCGUCUACCUCACCCAGUAAGCAGCAGCAUCAGCAGCAGGAGGAGGGGUCCAUGCGGCCGGGCAGCGAACCCAGCUCCGCUUCAGCUCUGGGCACCCCAGAGAGACGCAAGGGCAGCCUGGCCGAUGUGGUCGACACGCUCAAACAGCGCAAGAUGGAGGAACUCAUCAAGAAUGAGCCAGAAGAGGCCCCCAGUAUUGAAAGGCUGUUGUCUAAGGACUGGAAGGACAAGCUAUUGGCCAUGGGUUCUGGCAACUUUGGGGAGAUCAAAGGCACCCCGGACAGCCUGGCGGAGAAAGAGCGCCAGCUGAUGGGGAUGAUCACGCAGCUCAGCAGUCUCAGAGAGCAGCUACUGGCCGCCCAUGAGGAGCAGAAGAAACUAGCCGCUUCGCAAAUUGAAAAACAGCGCCAGCAAAUGGAGUUGGCGAAACAGCAACAGGACCAGAUUGCACGACAACAGCAGCAACUUCUGCAGCAACAACACAAAAUCAACCUCCUGCAGCAACAGAUCCAGCAGGUCCAGGGUCAGUUGCCUCCGCUGAUGAUACCUGUGUUUCCUCCAGAUCAGAGAACUCUGGCGGCCGCUGCAGCACAACAAGGAUUUCUACUUCCUCCAGGGUUCAACUACAAACCGGGCUGCAGUGACCCUUACCCUCUACAGCUGAUCCCCACAACUAUGGCAGCCGCUGCUGCGGCAACGCCUGGCCUCGGCCCUCUUCAGCUGCAGCAGUUGUAUGCAGCUCAGUUAGCUGCCAUGCAGGUGUCUCCGGGGGCCAAACACAGCACAGUGCCUCAGGCCAACCUGGCAACCGGAACACACUCGCCCACCAGCGGCCAGAGCGAGAAAAACAGAAGCACCCCACCACCAAAGCCCAAGGACGAGGGCGCUCAGCCCUUGAAUCUGUCGUCCAAGCCUAAGGCAUCCGAGAGCAAGUCACCCACCUCCCCCGCUUCCCCACAGGUCCCCACCCUGAAGCUGGGCCCCGGGUCCCUGAAGCACAGCGCCCACUCCAGCAUCGGAGGACCGCCGUCCAGACUCAGCUCCAUAGACCUGCUGUCGUCUAUCACCUCCGGCGGCUACCUGAACGACCAUGAGGCCGUGACCAAAGCUUUCCAGGAGGCCAGACAGAUGAAGGAGCAGCUAAAGAGAGAGCAGCAGGUGCUGGACGCCAAAGUAGCGGCAGUCAACAGCCUGAGCCUCAACAAUGGACGCUCAGAAAAGGAUAAAGCUGCUCUUGAGAGCCUAAGCCAGCAUUUAAAACAGUCUGAAGAGAGCAAGUUCACUCACGCAAUGAUGGACUUUGGCAUCAGUGGAGAUUCAGAUGGAAGCCCGAGUGUGUCGGACUCCCGGAUCUUCAGGGAGGCUCGAGGGCGUGGCGGCAGCAGCGAACCGCACAUCAAGAGGCCCAUGAACGCCUUUAUGGUCUGGGCUAAAGACGAGAGGAGGAAGAUCCUUCAGGCCUUCCCUGACAUGCAUAACUCAAACAUCAGCAAGAUUCUCGGUUCUCGUUGGAAGGCCAUGACCAACCUGGAAAAGCAGCCAUACUAUGAAGAACAGGCCCGUCUUAGUAAGCAGCACCUAGAGAAAUACCCAGACUACAAAUACAAACCACGGCCCAAACGCACCUGCCUGGUGGAUGGAAAGAAAUUGCGCAUUGGUGAAUAUAAGGCCAUCAUGCGCAACCGCAGACAGGAGAUGCGCCAGUACUUCACCGUAGGGCAGCAGACCCAGUUACCCUUGUCCUCAGCGGGCGUAGUGUACCCGGGUGCGCUCUCUAUGGCGGGAAUGCCCUCUCCACAGUUGCCCUCUGAGCACUCGAGCAUGUCAAGUAGCCCCGAACCAGUCCCGCCCACCAGCCAGCCCUCAUACCGCACACACAAAGGGGAGGGGCCUCGUGUGAAGGAGGAGGAGCUCCGAAUGGAUGACGGCAACGGCGACGCCUACGAUGACUUUGACUACGAAGACGAUGACUAUGGCAGUGACAGUGAGAAUCACAUCACUCAGUAAACCUGCCAAUCACAGCCAUCUCACCUGUCACUUGACAUCUCACGCAAGCAAACUUCAUUCCGCCCCCAUACACCGUCCAAUCAGGACUCCUCCAGAGCCAAGCCUGAUAUCCACAGCAAAGCACAGGACCUGUCAAUCAAAAUGACUGUUACAUGAAAAGGAGGGUCUUGUGAAUGAAGUGUAACACUUGCCCUGACUCCCGCUGAGCGAACGUACUGCGGCAAGUUCUUAUUGAAUCACGAGUAAGCUAUGACUACAUAGGAAAAAUGACGCUUGACCGGUUUGUUAUCAAGACAUUUAUUACUAAGGACCUGUCAGUCGACCCGUCAUAGACACUUUAAAAUGGUGGACCUGUUUGUUUCUAAAGAGACACUUUUAAACCGCUUUUUUUUUCUUGGUUCUAUAAUAUUCUCACUCAGGUACACAGUGCCAACAAGUGGCUUGUGAAUGUGAUUUUGUUGUUUUUGUGCUACAGUUUUAAUAGAGAAAAAAGACAUUUAUUUUCCUCUUCACCGUAAAGCACCUGACAGGAGUAAAAUGACAAACAUUUCCUUUUUUUUUUUUCUCUUCGGCGUGCUGUUAGCUGAAUCUCUUUCUAUCAUCCUCACGCCCAUGUGCUCUCACUCAAAGAUGUCUUUUCUUUUGGACGAAAGGAUGGGAAGGGAGGAUUCGCGUCCCUUCACUCAGGAGUUUGGACACCGCUGGAUGACAGACAAUCCCUCCUUCCUCACAUCUUUUCCUCUUGACACGCUUUUACUGUUCCUUUCUCCUCUUCUGUGGGAACUUUGGAUGUUGACGUCUCUCAUGUGUGGAGACAAACUUUAUGAGAUAGCACAAACUUUGUGUUUGGUGAACAGCUGACAUGGAGAGUGAAGCCUCGAGCAGAAUUAUUGUACGCGUGCACAUUUCUUUAUGUUUGUGGAUGAAUGCGCCUUUUGCUAGGUUUUAAGUUAAUUUUUAGUACAUGUAGACAGUUGAUGUGCUGGUCAUGUGAACAUUAACAACAAAAAAACCUAUAAUAUUCAAUACGUACGAUUCAUGCUAGCUGCCAGAUCCUUGAGGAAGGAAACCAAACAUUUAAUAAUUACACUGCAUUUAUAAUUUCUUUAUUUUUCUUUACAUCCGAUCAUUCCUUGUUCAUUUGUUUGUUCGCUUUUUCCUCCUAUCUUACCUUCUUUCUUUUUUGCCCUUUCAUUUUUUUCCUGUCCUUCUCUUUGUCUCCCUGAACAACCUGUUUUUGUCAUAUCUGGGUACAGGGAACAUUGCUCCUCAUUCCGAAAGGAAAAGAGGGGAUGCGGAGAGAAAAGCUCUCUAGAGAAGAGUCUGUGCCUGAAUGGCGUAUUGAAGGAGGAGAAUAGAGUUCCCACAAGCCCCAGUGCUCAGCACUCUGUUUUCAAAGGACAGCUCUGAGAGAAACCAGGGAUCUCCGCACAAGACAAGCACGAGUGUGCGUUUCAAUCAGCGCCCCUUAAUAUAUCUCACAUCUCUCCUCCUCCGCAGGGGUUUGUGUUGUCUCUCUCUUCGCUUUAAUUCCCACACUUUUUUCCAUCUAUCACUCCGUUUAUCAGUGCAGAGGAGUCUCCGAGCCGUGCCAUCAGUCAUCCACUCUCUGUGUGGCUCUGACUGACCCACUCCAUCUUACUGCACCUGUGUGGCUGCUUUUGGCACGAAGACAGCGUUUGAUUGACGGCUGCCCUAACUGUAACUACUCUGCCAGCCUCUCUCUGGCCUGGUGUGGGCAUAAGCGGGCAGCUGGAUGAGAGAGAGACACAAGCUGUUAGGUGAACAGCAGCCAGACUCCAACCAUUAAACAUCUACCCAAAAGCUGUCAACUCGCAAACACAUAUCAAAAUAUAUAUUACGAUUUCACACAUAGAACUAAAAACAUAUUAAGACUUUUCUGGCCUACUUGAGAUUUUUACUUGAGGUACUCUGACACCUGCAGCGCUAGCCAAGUGAUGACCGAUCGCAUUUUGCGUGCUUGUCUUUGUCUAGUCUAUUCGGUUCGAAGAGGUCCAGUCCCGUCUGCUCUGUUGUUUGUAUUUAUGUUCUGCCUCCAUGUCAACGUCACUCUGCUGUCGAGGUUGGGAGGAGCCGUUUCAGACUCUGCAUGUCAAUGUUUUAGUUCGUAUUUGCAAAUACUGUAUUUUAUUUUCAUUAAAACUGCCUCUAGUGUAAUAAUAUUAUUAACAUUAAUUAUAAGAAUAGGCAGCAUUUCCUAAGUUUAGUAAGUUAUGUACAGUAUAAUUUAUUAUUUUCCUCCAGUUGGUUUUUUUUUUAUGAUCGUAUGGAAACUGCGCUUGAUAAAGCAUUAUAUUUAGCUGGGUAGGUAUUUAGAUCUAAUUAUUAUGUUCAAUAUUCUGUUUUUUGUUUUCCUUUUUUUAUUUGUUCUCGUUUUUUUUGUUGAAUUAAUCCUUGUUCUGACGCUGGUAUAUCUCUGAAAAAGUGGUCACGGUGAACUGCUGAUAUGAAGGAAAAGAGACAUUUCUCUUUUUUUCAUUUUCUUUUUCUCCUCCGUGCAUCAUUCAUGAACUCCAAACACAUUUCUUAAAGCACUAGGACUCUGGACACUCGGAGACGAACAUAAUAAGAAGAACAUGAUAUUUUUAUUUGUAAUGGUUUAUGUAUAAUGUGAAGUUUCCUAUCUGUUAAUUCUCUUUUACUUUUACUGAAGAUAAAGAAAACAGCUAUAUUAUA